AUGGCGAUGGAGUUUGCGCGCGAGAAAGACGAUGAGCUCAAGCGGGAGCGGGCACGGAGACAGCAGGCGGAGCAAGAGAAACAUGAGGCUACGCGAGAGCAGGAGGCGGCGGCCGCGAGUCGGCGGCAGGCGGAAGAGAGAGUCCGCGACAUGUCGAAGGAGCUGGCCGGUCUGAAAGACUCGGUGAAAUCGCUCCGCAAGACCAACGCCACCCUCUUGGAGGAUGCAGGGAUACCAAUCGUCGCCGACGAUCCGCCCCCGGAGGAGGACAGCACCCGCAGCCUCGAGGAUGAACUCUUGCUCGAGAAGGUGAAGGCCGAAAGACUGCAGCGGAAGGUCGAUUACCUCACGCCGAUCGUGGCCGGACUCAAGCGACAAGUUUCCAACGAGAAAAAAAAGACGAAGCGAGCCAAGCUUAAUCUUGGGAACCUCAAGGCUGACGAACCGGUGGGGGGGGCGGAGCAAGAGGAACCUGAGCAGGAGAGGGAAAAGGGUGGUGGGGAGUUGCUCUCUGCAGAGGAUGAGAAGAAGGUGUUGGAGCGCGUCAUCAAGAACCGUCUCAAACCCGGCGGAAAAUUUGGUGAGACUGCUGCCAGGCUAUUUCAGUCGUUUGUGCAAGGGGGCGUCUCUCUCAACAUGACGCAGCAGCUGCUUCAGUCUACCAUGUACCACACCACGGGGGUGCGACUCAAACAAGAUCUCAACAUCACGUGUGCCCGCAACACGGUCAAGGUUCUUGCUCUCGGCAUUACGCAGCUAGAUGGGAAUGAGUUGGUCAAAGCGAUUCUCAAGGCGCCGUUUUUGCUGAUUGCCGGUGACGAGUCUCUCCGCAACGGGGACAAGAAGUUCCCCAUCUUCGUCGCUUUUUACGACGUGGAGGCGGACGCGCCGUGGUUUGGAUUGGUGCGCGUAUGUAGCAUGAAAGACAAGACAGCAGAAACACAGGCUCAGCUUUUUUACGAGACGAUCGUCGACACGCUCGGGUACCCAAAACACCAGAGGGAGCGGACAAAAGGCAACGCAAACGGGGUGCAGGGGGGGGGAAAGGGAAAGGGAAAGGGAAAGGGAAAACAGAGGCACCGCCGACUCCUCCUGCACCUACCAGGACGAGUGGUCGCAACAGGACGCAGACAUGGAAAAUCCAGGAGGCAGAUGGGGGGGGCAGCUCGGCGGAAGAGAGCGGGUGUGAGAGUUGAAGCGUUUCACUGGUGUUGAUACUUGCGUUCUUCAGAGAUGCUCGCGUCUCUAUUUGCAACUAGAUGUCAUGUGUUGGAUGCGUUUUGUUGUGGAGGUCAUGUGGUGGUGGGAGGGUUGUUUUCAGUAGCUUCCUUCGUACGCGUGAGGUCUUUUCGCGUGUGACCGAAGUUGAAGUUGAACGAGAAGUUUUGUGAUUUUUGAUGCGUUCGUGCGCGUGAGCACGCACUGAACAAGAGCGUUGAGAAGCAUGGUGUGAGAGAUAGCAAACGACGCUCGACUCUGUCGUUAUCUACCUGCGGCCUUCUGAGCUGCAGCCUUCGUUUUGUACACAUGAUGGUGGUGUUGCACACGGAGAGGCAGAGCGAUAAAAUGAUGUUUGUGAAAGUAAUGUUUCGCUGUUGAUUUUUUUCCGACGAUUUUUUUCCGACUUGAAAGCAACGUCACUCAACCGCCGUCCACAUUUACUCCGACUCUAAUUCUGCUGCGGUCACCCGCGGCCGCCGAUUCCCUUCCUUCUCUAACGUAACCAGCAAAUCAUCUGCAGCUUCCGGUUCCAAUACUCUUGUUCUGCUCAAGUUUUCGGCCGGUUUUCGUGCGUGGGAGACAGCCUUUGCUUCCCUUGCCUUCUCCAAAACCUUUUUGCCAGCGGCACGGAUUUUUUCGCCCGUCGCAUCUGCGCACACGAUAUCUCUAGACUCGGCUGACUUCCACCCCCCAACACGAACAAUAUCCAUCUCAGCCAUGUCCGUCUUCUGUGCGCAUGAGUCGAACUUCGAAAAGAAGGCUUCGAUCAACUGCUGGUGAAUGGGAACAAAGUAGAAUCGGUGACACACCAACUUGUACAGGAGGGGAAAAUCGAACAGACGCGCCAACGCUGACGUACCCUUUGGUGCACCCUGGUCAACCUCCUUGUCACCCCACCCAGAAUUCGCAUACUGCUCGAGUUCGUUCCUCACAGAACGGUCGCUAUCAAUGCGUGAAAACAGCCCGAACGUCAACUCAUCUUUCCUUCUUGCAUCGGUGGUUCCCCCCAAAUCCUUCACGAGCUGCGUUCGGUAUUCCCUCUCCCUUUCCGUGCGCGGCUCUCCCUCGUAUAGAGCAGACCAAGCUACAUGAAGGAAGGCACGCGCAAACUCCGGCCCCACCGCCUGCUCUACAGCCC